ACGUGUACUCGUGUGUGUCUGGAGGCUUGGGGAAACUGAAAUCUGUAUCACACACAAUUAGGGCGCAAUGUCGGUGGACUGCAGAAGCAACAGAAUACAUUUUAUAGUCUGCCAACGUUGUAACAUCAGGAUUGCACUGUAAUUUUGCCCUGGUAUAUGGAAAUUGAAGGAAUUGUCCUCUUGUUUAGAAGACAGAAGAAGAGUUUGAUCCAGGAGGUGUCCGCUGAGACGGGAUAAAGCAGAUGAGAAACAAACAAACCCUGAAAAAAAGCUGUAUUUCUCAGUGGCUGUUUUUGCGCUCUCUCUCGCACUGUCACACUCCAUCUGCCUCUGUGCAAGUAGCCAAGUCUGUUUCAUAACAACCAGUCCUGUCUGGUUUUCUGUGCUAAACAACAGUUUUGAGGUGACGUUUAACAGUGCUGGAGGCUACAAGCCACUUGUCCACUUAAAUAGGCCUCAGAGGAACUAAAACAAUCAGACACACCAUGAUACUUGUUCGUGGAAUGAAUCAAUGAAGAGUAUUUACAACAAAAUGAUUUCACAUUGUAGUUCAUCCAGUCCAACAUAGUGAACUUAUUCAACGUAAUCUGUUAUCAGGUGAAUCUCAUCACCUAGGCAAACAUUUAUUCUCACAGUAUUAUGAGUGAUGACAACUCCGACUCUGCCCCCAGCAAUGAUACACAUAGAGGGGCAGACAAAGCGGCAGGGCCUGUUAACUGUUCCUGCGGCAUGAGUGAAAGCUCUCCCUCAUCAAAUCCGGCGAGUAGCGGGACGGGAUUGUCACCGGGAGGGGUAUCUGAUCCCAAGGGAUCCACAGGUGACAACCAAGGGACACAUUCUGAUGAUACGGAUGCACUAUCGAGUGGAAAUGACUCUGGGGAGAGGGAGAGUGAAGAAGGAAGGGAUAGAGGGAACGGAUCCAGAGGGAGACGGUCAAACAGAAGUUAUCAAAGUUCCUCCAGUCAGAAUGGAAAGGACUCUGCUAUGUGCCUGGAGACUACGGAGAGCAACAAGAGCUCCAACUCCCAGAGUCUCUCUCCGCCCAGCAGCUCUCUGGCUUACAGUCUGUUGAGUGCCAGCUCUGAGCAGGACCCACAGUCCACCAGUGGUUGCAGCAGUAACCAGUCCGCUCGUGUCCAGACUCAGAAAGAGCUGAUGAGAGCACUGAACGAGCUGAAGAUCCGCCUGCCACCAGAGAAAAAGAUGAAGGGACGCUCCAGCACCCUUAACGCCCUCAAAUAUGCCCUCAGCUGUGUCAAACAAGUUCGAGCCAAUCAGGAAUACUAUCACCAGUGGAAUGUUGAGGAGUGCCAUGGCUGCAGUCUGGAUCUUUCCACCUUCACUGUUGAUGAACUGGACAAUAUCACCUCUGAAUUUACUCUCAAAAAUACAGACACAUUCUCCAUGGCGGUGUCGUUCCUGUCAGGAAAGGUGGUGUACAUCUCACCACAGGGCUCAUCUCUUCUGCGCAGUAAGCCAGAGAAGCUGCAUAGGGUGCUGUUCUCUGAGCUGCUGGCCCCUCAGGAUGUAAGCACCUUCUACAGUAGCACAGCACCCUGCAGACUACCUUCAUGGGCCUCCUGCAUCGGCUCUGCCUCUCCUCCGGUGGACUGCACCCAAGAAAAGUCUAUGUUUUGUCGCAUCAGUGGAGACGUCUCAUCCAGCGUUGAUAUGAGGUACUACCCUUUCAGACUCACGCCCUACCUGCUCACGCUCCGAGACUCGGACACGGCAUUCCCCCAACCCUGCUGUCUGCUCAUCGCCGAGAGAGUGCACUCGGGAUAUGAGGCUCCUCGCAUUCCUCCGGAUAAGAGAAUAUUCACCACCAGUCACACUCCCAGCUGUCUCUUUCAGGAGGUGGAUGAGCGGGCAGUUCCUCUGUUAGGGUACCUGCCUCAGGACCUGGUGGGAACUCCUGUGCUGCUCCUCAUCCAUCCAGAAGACCGACCUAUUAUGGUGGCCAUCCAUAAGAAGAUUCUUCAGUUUGCAGGGCAGCCGUUCGAGCACUCUCCUUUGCGGAUGUGCGCUCGCAAUGGAGAGUAUCUGACCAUUGACACCUCUUGGUCCUCCUUUAUUAACCCCUGGAGCAGGAAAGUGGCCUUCAUAGUUGGCCGCCACAAAGUCAGAACCUCUCCACUGAAUGAGGAUGUCUUUACACUGCCGAGUGGUCAGGAGGAGCGGGCCCUGACCCCAGACAUCGCUCAGCUCAGUGAACAGAUCCACAGGCUCCUGGUGCAGCCUGUCCACAGUGGCAGUUCUCAGGGCUACGGCAGCCUGGCCAGCAACGGAUCCCAUGAGCUCCAGCCCAGUGCCGCCUCUUCAUCAGAAAGCAGUGGACCAGGUCUGGAGGAUCCCUCUCAGUUCCAUAAACCUAUGACCUUCCAGCAAAUUUGCAAAGAUGUUCACAUGGUGAAGACUAGCGGACAACAGGUCUUUAUUGAGUCCCGUAGCCGACCUCCUCCUAAAAAACAUUCCACCACUGGUGCUUUGCAAGCCAGUGAAGCAGCAGAGCCAGGUUGCAGUUUUGGCCCUAGUGAUGCCCCACUCUCAAAGAGCUCUGCACCCUCAUCUCCCACCUUCUCUUAUCAGCAGAUCAACAGCCUAGAUAGCAUAAUCAGGUAUCUGGAGAGCUGUAACAUCCCCAGCACAGUAAAGAGGAAGUGUGGCUCCUCCUCCUGCACCGCCUCCUCCACAUCCGAUGAAGACAAACAGCAGGACACUCAUGGCAAUACUAUAGUUCCUCGGGUGUCAUUGGUAGAGGAGAGAGCUUUGUUGCCGCCACUGGCUUUGCACAGUAAAGCAGAAAGUGUUGCCUCUGUUACAUCCCAGUGCAGUUUCAGCAGCACCAUCGUCCAUGUGGGUGACAAGAAACCUCCUGAGUCAGAUAUUGUAAUGGAGGAAGCCCCUUCAACUCCAAAUACUGCUCCUCCUGCCACUCAACCCCAAGCUCCUUUCAUGGCCACACCCUUUCUGCCCCCUAGCCCCGCCCCUCAGUCCGAUAGGGAUGGAGUGAGAAGAGGAGGUCCAGGAGGAGCCGGGACAGCUGGAGGAGCAGGUGGAGAAAGGUUGGGUCUCACGAAAGAGAUCUUGUCUGCGCACACACAGCAACAGGAGCAGAACUUCAUGUGCCGUUUCAGAGACCUGAGUAAACUCAGAGUGUUUGACCCAACUUCAGCUGUCCGACGCCAGACAUCUGUGCCCUUAGCUAAAGGGGUCCGCUGUUCACGUGACUACCCAGCAGCAGGCAGUAGUGGUCGUAGACGUGGUCGAGGAGGCAAGAGACUGAAACACCAGGAGACUUCAGAGCAAGCGGGGUCUCGGAGCACAGCAGGCCCUCUGAGAGGUCUCCUCCCUGGGGUUCCCACUCUGGACCGGAUCUUGAAUCCAUCCAUACCCUUGUGUCCCACAACCAGCUCCUCUUCCUGGCCUACUUCAGGGUCUCAAGCUAGUGUUCCCUCCGCCCCUUACCCUCCCGGCGUUCUUCCUUUGUAUCCUGUCUAUCCUCCUUCUCUCACCCUGUCUCAGACCUCAGCAUACAGACAGGUCUACGCUUCCCCCUUCAGAAUGCAGAUGGCACCUCCCAUGGUUCACCCAAUGAUGGCAUUUGUUCUGCCAAAUUACAUGUUCCCUCAGCCCAAUAUGGGCAUGCCUCCACAAUUCUACAACUCAACCCUGGCUUACCCUUUCCCCACCCCUAACACGGGCUCCCCUGGUCCUUGUCAGACCCCGAACCAAGCCCCACGUGCCCACUCUCGCUCCAGCACCCCACAUUCUUAUAGCCAAAGAGAGGCUGGGGCAGAGAGAGGAGCAGAGUCGCCUCUUUUUCAUUCCAGAUGCUCCUCGCCCUUAAAUCUACUUCAGCUAGAGGAGUCACCCAGCAAUCGGUUUGAGGUGGCAUCAGCGUUGGCUUCAGGGCAGCAAGCCACAUCUCCUAUGCUGGGACAAGGAGGUGGGGCUGGAGGACAGGCCUCCUCCAAUCAGAGGGGCUCAGCGGUUGACUCAAAAGAUAACGAAAAUGGUGAAACAAAUGAGUCGAAUCAAGAUGCCAUGUCCACCUCCAGUGAUUUGCUGGAUUUGCUGCUGCAGGAGGACUCUCGCUCGGGCACCGGCUCAGCCGCCUCAGGCACUGGGUCGUCGGGAACAGGCUGCUCAGGGUUGGGCUCAGGAUCCUCUGGAUCAGGAUCCAAUGGCUGCAGCUCUUCAGGAAGUGGAACUCGAAGUAGUCAAAACAGCAAUACCAGCAAGUACUUUGGCAGUGUGGACUCAUCAGAGAACAGCCAUUCCCGCAAGCAGACAGCAGGGGGAGAUGGAGAGGCACAGUUCAUCAAGUGUGUCCUACAAGACCCAAUAUGGCUGCUCAUGGCCAACACGGAUGAAAAGACUAUGAUGACCUACCAGCUGCCUAUCAGAGAUAGAGAUUCUGUAUUAAAAGAGGACCGUGCUGCUCUGCGAGCCAUGCAGAAACAACAGCCUCGCUUCACUGAAGAGCAGAAGAGCGAGUUGAGUCAGGUUCACCCUUGGAUCCGCACUGGACGCCUGCCUCGUGCUAUUAACAUUUCUGCCUGUGCAGACUGCAGGUCCUCUCCUUCUGCCCCUUCUGCGGCUCCCUUCGAUGUUGAGAUCCAUGAGAUGGAGUUCUGCGGUGUUUUGGAGGUGACGGAAGACGGCACCACAGCAGGAAAGCAAAUCCAAGUGGACACAGUCAUGGACAAGAGUAAGUUAGAGGGAAAGGGUGACUUGUGCAAAGACAAGGAGAUUGAGAAGAAUCGGACUAUUAUGACAUCACAAAUCAAUGACCAAGAAAUGAUGAUAGAAGAACAGGAAGUGACCUCUCCUGUUGAGAUGACCCACUAAAGACACUAGUUGCCAUCGGUCAGCAGGACACGUUGCUCAUAUCCUCAACUGAUGACAUCAUUUGUGUACACAUUAAAUUAUGCAGUUGUAAUUAUUUAUGUAGAUGAAUCCUUGUCAAUAAAUAUUGAGCCAGCAAGGCUGACAGAAGAUGAAUGUGAAGCAGAAUAUCCUCUUUAUGGAAAGACUGUGACAUUAUCACUCUGUUGCAUAGUCAUGGGAUAUUUUGUUUUUUGCAGACAGGUUUUGAACUGUUAGCUUUUGUGACUUUGCAGGGAACAAGGGGGUACUUGGUUUUAGACCGCACUGGAUUGGACAAGUCCUCACACCCCACUGCUCAAUUCCAGUUUUAGCGACCUACAUAAGCACAUUUUGUGGUGCACUUAAAAUCUAUUUCAAAUAUGUAAGGGUUAAACUUCAUGGCGUUGAGUUAAUGUAGGUUUGGUAAUACUGAGCAGAACAGACUCAAGGACUCUGAGGAAGUUCCAACUGUUUCUCGCCUUGUUCAUUUGACAAAUGAUAAGGAAAUGUUCUUGUCAUUUUUACAGUUGCACACAAGCUUGUCAAAUUAGGAUUUUCAGCCAAAUGUACACACACUAAACAGGCUUUUUGUUUGUUUGUUUUUAAGCAUUCUGUAUAUAUAUAUAUAUUUUUUUUUUAUACAUUAUUGGGGCAAAGGAAGAUUUUUAUGUGAUGUGUGUAAUUGUUAAAAGCUUGAAUGGAUUGUGUAAAAUGAACAUUGCAACUGAAAUCGCCUCAAAGAGGCAGGCAGUAAUUAUUGGUCAAAACUAUUACGGUUUACACUCACCACCAGUUCCAAUUUGGAAUUUUUGUUACUAUCACAACAGUAUCCAUGGCAACAGUGAACUUUCCAAGAGUAUUGGUUGCUAAGGCAUCUUGUUGAAUAGCACUAAGUGAUGGAGAGGUGCAGAUGGGAACGACCAGAGAAAGGUUAAGAAAUAGUUCACUCAAAAAUGAAAAUUCUGUCAUCAUUCACUCACCCUCAUGUUGUUCAAAACCUGUAUGACUUCCGUGGAACACAAAGGAGAUGCUAGGCGAUAUGUUAGUCUCAGUCACCAUUCACGUUCAUUGCAUCUUUUUUCAAUACAAUUUAUUUACUUUUUUCAUGGAUGAAAGAAAUUAAUAUGGGUUUGGAACAACAUGAGUAUGAGUAAAUGAUGACAACAGUUUCAUAUUUGGGUUAAUUCAGAUUCUCAUAAAAUUGUAUUUGUUAUCAGCUGGAUGGAGGUUCCUCCCCCUUUCUCGAUCUUAUUUUAGUAACUUUUCUCUGUCAGUUACAGUCAUGUUGCUUCAAGUCGUCUUGGAGAAGUUUUUAAGUAUUUUUGUGUAUUUCUUUGUAUAUGAAAAAGAAUAAAAAAGAAUAUGGUUUACA